UGCAGAGGAGGUCCGUGCGUAUUAGCGGUUGGGAUUUCGCCGGUCCCUUACGGAGUAUAUUCUCCAAGUGUUAUCCCGUGGUUCUUUACUUUCGGUGACGUGCAGUCCGAAGCGAUCGUGCGUGUCUACCACGAUUUCGUUGAAGUGAUUCGACGAGGAGGAGAGAGAGAGAGAGACCGGCAUCCGUCUCUCGACAUACGCGAGAGAAAAGCGCCGGUACGUGACGGAACGACGAUAGGAUAAAGAAAGAGAGAGAGAGAGAUAGAGAGAAGAAGAGAAGGAGAGACGGUCGCGUGUGUUGGUGAAUAUACGAGGUUGUUUCGGCAAAAGUUACACGCAUCGAAAUAUCGUACAGCUUUAUAAAAGUGAGAUUCGGAACGCAGUAAGAAGAACGACGGAAAGAUUCUUGCCGGCAUUUUGACGUUGCUUGACACGCUUCUUUUCCCGCGUUUCUCCUCCUUCCGUGUGUGUGAUGGAUACUGUCGUAAGCGAACCGUGCACGCGACGCCAGCAGACAGAGCGUCGAGCCGCACGAGUGAUGUCGUCGUCGCAGUGAAUUUUGCGUUCAAUCGCGUCUCUUCUCCGGCAAUGAUACAGCAAGGAAAACAACAACAGUAACGACAAUUUUGUCUUCGACUUUGUGUGCGCGUGCAAAAAAGAAAGGGAGCUCUUCGACGUGUUGUGUGCGCGAGUAUAACGGAAAUCGGCUUGUUCGAUAAUCGCGCGGGAGAAUCGGCCGCUCUCAUAAUCGUCCUUCUACAAUCUCCGCGAUCGGAACAGUCGUCCGCGGAGUGAAGACGUUAUCGUCUCGUCGCCGCGUCCUAUCUCUCGUGUCUACGGUAGAGGGGGAAAACCUCUCACUGAUGAUACGCACGUGCGCUUACCGCUACCUGCUAUAUUUACGUGCGUACGUGCGUGCGAGUCGUCGCGAGUAGCCGUUACGUAGCGGACGCGUUUACGCAGCGCGUAAGUUGCACGGAGUGAAUCGAGUUGAUUUAUUAUCGUGUCGCGAGCGUUAGGAGCGAGCGUCGCGCCGGGGCUCGCCGUGUCAGUUUGUCACUUGUUGGUUCGUUGGUUGGCCAGUUGGUUGAUUGGAUUUGCUCUUUGCUCGGCGCUUGACCGCCGCGUCCCGUGCGGCACCUGCGAGAGGAGGCCGAAGCGGAGGGACUUCGUAGUCGCGCGUAGCCAUGGAUACGCUCCUACCGAGCGGCAAUAUAUUUCGAGAGCUGCAGGACAUACACGACACCGGAUAUUUCUCGGCCCAGCCAUCGCUCGAGGAUCACUGGCAACAGACAUGCUACGAGAUGGAGAGGUACCUGAAGGACGAGCCGAAGUUGCAAUCGUAUAAAAAACUCCCCACGGAACUGGACACGGCGCCCUGGAACCUCUUCAGGGCGCCAUCGAUUUCGUGGACGACGUCUACCGGAACAAACGCACAAUUCGACCCCCCAAUCAAAAUGGAGGUGACGACAUCGGACGAGAGGGAUCCCCUCUGUUUGGACGACAUCAAAUUCAGUCCCGGCGAUCAUAAUGACAAUGGCCGUGAUAGGGAUCUCCUCGACCGUCACCUCGAUUCCUUGUCGAUGUCUUCGGCAAGUUCGGCGUGUUCAGCGCUGUCCUGGGACAGCUCACCCUCUCUUUCCUGCACGGCGCUCAUUCUCAAGAAAGAGCCCAGCGAAGACCUCGAGGAGGAUGAAGAACACGAAGAGAUAGAGGAGGAGGAAGACAGCGGAUGCGAAAGCGAAGGUCAGAUCCUGACGCCACCGUCGAGUCCUGGGUCGGGUCAAGGUCAUUCCAACUCCAGUCACUCGUCGAGUGGGAGUUCGAUGCCCGACGUGCACAACCUCAACCUUCAUGGCACGGGUGGCAGGAGCGCUAUCGUCAGGGUUACUACCGGCAACGCGCAAGGUGUCGCAAGACUGAUCUCCGUCACGGCAAACGGCUUCCCCGCGGUCGCCGGCACGCAACACGCACACGCGGGUGCAACCGCGGCCACGACCACCGUGGCCAACAGGCACCACGCAAGGAGCAACGAGCACAGUCCACCCGAUACGAAACGCAGGAUACACAAAUGUCAGUUCCCCGGAUGCAAGAAAGUGUAUACCAAGAGCUCGCAUCUCAAGGCCCAUCAAAGGACGCACACGGGGGAGAAGCCAUACAAGUGCAGCUGGGUGGGUUGCGAGUGGCGAUUUGCGCGUUCGGACGAAUUGACGCGCCAUUACCGCAAGCACACCGGUGCGAAACCGUUCAAAUGUCGGCAUUGCGACCGAUGCUUCUCCCGCAGCGACCAUCUAGCUCUCCACAUGAAGAGACACGUGUAAUCAAUCGUUUCCGCGAACGGUUCCAACCGCGCAUCAUCCGCAGUCGGGACUAUCGGGACUUGUUCCUCGUGAAAAUCGCGGAUAUCUAUGACACCUCCGCGAGGAUUUAUGCAAUCUAGCAUCUUCCGAAAUCACCUAAUAGCAUGCUGUAAAUAGAGAGAGAUUGACCGUCUGAAACCUUACGAACAAACAUCAAAGAAAUCUGCAAAGUUAACUGCAUUAGGUGAUCGCAACAAGACGUCAGACUCUAUCAUUGAUGAAAAUUGGUCCUCGAAUAUUACUAUUGGAGGCAAUCGAUGAUCCGCGAGACGCCAUUUAGAGGUAAUUUGAAAAUCAUAAAACGACCCAUGAAAACAACUCGGAAGAAAAUUUUACCAGCAAUCGGACGGUGUGCUUGAAAACGUCACUUUAUCGAAGUCCAAAGAAUCGCGUGUAUAACGACGUGCGUUUUCAAAGUAUGCUAACGUAUAAAUGCGAAAGGUAAAAAAAAAAAACGAGCGAUUACGUUCAUCUUUAAGGGUCGAAGGAAUGGCACGAAGCUUCGGCCUCUCGAAUUCUCAUGAAUUUGAGGGGAGCAUCGCGAAGCAUCGCGACGGUCAGCGACGAUCCAACAAAGAGACUGCAUUCAACGUAAUAUAGGAGGGGACCUCCAACGAAGGGAGUAGCUGAAUAAAGAGUUGCCCGAGAAGUCUCGCACGAGAGACGUCAAUCACUGCCAAUUCGUUACAUUCUAAGAUCAGCACUACCGUCAGGGUUUCAAGCUAUGACUUCGCAAUUGGAGGUCUUCGAAAAUAAGAAACGGGAAGCUGACUGAGAAAAGCCUAAAAAAAUUUUCGCCGAGCCUCAAAUCGUUACCACAGCGCGUAGUAGCGGACGGAUACUCAUUCUCUCGUGAAUGAAAAUUGUAAUAUUGAAUAAAAGAUACGCUCCUAUACCAUACAAAUCGUUUGCCUUUUUCAAAACGAUUGAGUCGACGAUCGUCAUAUUUAUAUUGCAUCGAGAUGAUCCCGAGUAUCGUCGAUUCGUAUUGCGAGUGUCGUGUCGCACGUACGCUAAAAACUAUAGAGAAAAACGUAGAUUUCGCGAGGACAAUAAUGCAGAGACUGUCGGUGCCAAAUGUUAUUUCCUUUCUCUUGCUUUUCUUUUAGAAGCUCCGCGUAGCUACUCGCGGUUAAGAUCGCUCGCGCGCGCGCGCGCGCGGCACUCGCGAGACCGUCGACGAUCUCUCAGUAUUAACGGAAUCGCACGCAGCGGAGAGUCGCGAGUAACGGACGCGACGCGUGGUAAUUGAAUACGUGAUUUCGACCAGUUUCGACGGCAACGGGAUUUGCUGCGCCAGGUGCUAAUCCUGAAUUUACAGUGCGAAUUACAACGUGGUCUGUUGCCGCUACCAUAUAGUCCGCUUGCAGCGAAGCUUACGAAUGCGAGAUCCAAUUGUUUUGUUUAGAUCUAUACUUUAUGGCUGAUUGUAUUAUUAAAUACGACUUCAGCUUUCAGGUAAUUAUAGUUAUUUUUAAGUAAUUAUUGUUGACUCUAUUUUUUUAUUCUUAUAAAAAGAAACAAUUUAUUCUCGAAAUUUGUAUGCUUUUGGAGUAACUAUUUCUUUAAUGAUUUUGUUUGCUUGUAAUAUACAUGCUCGAGUAGAGAAAUCAUUUGUCGAAAGAAUCAUGAUGAAAAAUUUAGCAGAAAAUACAAAUAUAUAUAUUUUUUAAUAGUCUUGUCAUAUAAUCAUUGAAACAAUAUAGAUAAAUAUAUAUGGACAAUAUGAUCCAUAUAAGAUUUCCGUGCAUUUUUUUUACGCAAUCGAACAUUUCACAAGUGAUUUUCUAUCUCGCGUACAAUUGAUGGCAUUUUAUCGACUAAGAAAUCAGAAGAUGUCAUUUUUUAUCAACUAAAAAAUUAGAAAAUUAAUUUUUCUCGAAACUUUGCACUAUCAUUUUUGUUUGAUUUUUAUUAGCUUGGAAAAUUUAUAUUUAUAAUUAUAUCAUUUCAUAUCUACAAACGCGUUGUUUUACAAGAUACGAGCAUCAGCAGAAGAUUAUUCGUCUCGCUCAUCAUCGAUCUAAAAGGUCCCGAUAUAACCAUAUGUAAGAUAUAUCGCGCGCGAAAUCGAAUAUUUCGGCGACGAUGCCGAAAAAGAAAAAAAAACACGAAAAAAAUUGAGAUCAUUGCGACGUGCACUCAUCAAAAAAAGAGAAGAUGGUAACUUCAAGAAGACUAAUUUUACCUGAUGUUAGAGGCAAAAUAGAGAAGAUGAGAAAUGAAGAUAACUAAAUUUUAAAUGUUCAGUGGCCAAAUAAAUUAAUUAAUAUGCACGUAGAACCUAAAGAGUGAGUAAGCCCGACUGACGGAGUGUCGGCACGGUUCGUGCGAAUGCAUGUGCAUGCGAGUAUGGGCUGUUUUAUGUUUGCGUGAAUCGUCGAUGAGUGCGUGUAUAUGUGUCUGUGUGUAAAGGUUGUAUGUACGUGCGUGUGUAUUUUUUUCCACGGAUAUUCCAAACCUGAAAGGUAAGGAAUCCAAAGGAGGAGAUAAGCAGAACACUGAGUUUGUAUAUCGUGCAAUUUUUUCAAUGUUUUAUUAUUUGUUACCAUUGUUCACGAUUAAUUAUAAAUAAAUAAAAAUAAAUAAAUAUAUAUAUAUAUAUAUAUAUAUAUGUAGCACAUUUACAAUUUUAGAAUAUAACAGUCAUGAAGCCAGACGUCUUUUUGAUAGAUAUAUUCGGAUACCGUGGUCGUCGUCGCGUUCGCGACAUCUCCCCUACCCCCCCGCCCCCGAUCUUUUUUUCUGACGGGCAAGAUGUAAUUAAAAGUACACAUAGUACAAGAGAAAAGAAAUUACCGCGCGUGAAAGAUGCAAAGUCUCGUCUUUGACCUCGACGGCCUCUCGUUAAAUUCCAUACCGGCCGCUGGAACGAAAGUAACAGAAGAUAAUUGUCGUUACGACUUGUUAGAGCCAGAAUCCACGCAUGUAUAAUUUGCUCUCAGACUCGCGCACCUAGGUUCGUAUUUAGGCGUAGUGAAGAAAGGAUUACGAGAAUUGAUACCGUGAAAGAAAAGACAUUAUCCGGACGAAAGAUUUGUAUCGUCAGGACGAGUGUUUCCAAUCGAGGCGAUCAACGAGUUUUGUAGAUAUAUGUAUAUCGCUUAGCGAAUGGUGCGAAUACGUUGUUUUAAAACGAGAUUGAAAAUAAAGGCACGUGCAAUUGCGUGAGUAAUCGACAAAAAAAAAAACGGCAAGCGAAGAAAGCGCGAAUACUUUGAAUAAAAAAAGUAGCUAGACGUUUAGAUAGAUAGAUGGAUAGCUAAAUCGUUAGAUAGGCACUUAGAUAGAUAAAUAGAUUGACGAACGGGAAUAGAGCGUGUGCGCCCAAGAGUGCUUGAGACGGAUAGAGAGAGUAUUAUAUAUAUAUAUGGUAGAUAGAUGGUUAUACACAUAGGUAGAAAUAUAAGUAUCUAAGAAAACUCUAAGAAACUUUAGGAAAAACAGUAUCGUUGUACGCGGUACGAUAAUUGAACAUAAGUGUUUUAUGAUAUUUGCGUACAAGAAAAACGAGAUGAAUACUAAAGAAUAAAAAAUAAAAGCAUACAUAUAAAAUUAAGUGCUGAUAAAAAAAAAAUUGAAAAACAGUACGAUUAUAACUGUAUUAUCGUGGUCUAAGAUAUUUUCAGUCAUGUUGUAUAGUAAUUGUAAAUUACACGACUUUAAAAAGAAAGAAAGAAUGCAAGAAAAUAAUAGUCUGAGAAUGAGAGAGAGAGAGAGAGAGAGAGAGAGAGAAGAGAAAAUGAUAGAAAGAGCAAACGUAAAAAGUGUUGCGCGAUUUAUGCUAGAUUAGCUUUGCGUGGAAAAAAAUGAAUCGCAAAAAAGAUCUUUGAUAAAAUGAAUAGGCGACAUCGGUCUCGAGUCUCGCAAAAUUAUAUAAUAAACGUCCCCGGAGAACUAAAAACGCAAUGAGCUGACGGAAUGCGUACUGAGAAAGGUAUGUAAGGAGCUCCCUUUUAAUAAUAAUGUUAAUCAUAAAUAACAAAUACUCGCGGUAACAGGGCACUGCGACGAGCGCGUAGAUGUAACCACGUAAAUUUUGAAGCACUUAUCCCCAUAGGAGCGGAAAGAAAAGGAAAUUUGAUGUUAUUAUUAUAUAAAGUUACGAGAAAAAAGAAGAUUCGUCGCAAUUCAAGACGUCUGCUAUAAUUUUAUUAGUUGCAAUAAUUUUGAAUAUUAUCUUAUCAAUGAUAUUUAUUUUUUUUUUUUAAUCUUCCUAUAGCCCUUCUACACGAGAAAUAAUAUUUUUAUUCCCAUUUUACUUUUAGGAAUUAUAUUUUCUUUUUUUUUUUAUUGUUUCUAUAUCGAAAAAAAACAUGAAUUAUAUUAAAUUUCAGUUUUUCUUUUUUACAUGUGCAUCGCAGACGUCAUGUAUUGCCAAAUACUUAUUCAAAAUGCUACACUGAUAACUAAUAGAACUAAUAUUAUUUUUGGGGGAAUUUCCUCGUUAGAAAAGAGUUAAAUAGAUAAUGAAAAUGAUUACUAUUACUGAUAUAAGGAUUUUAUGAAAAAAGACUUAAAAAAAGAACAGCGAGAGAGGGAGAUAAGAAAAAGAGAAGUAGAGAAAAAAACUUGAGCAAGAAAUAAAAAGAGAGAAAGAGAAUAAUGAUGCAAGUAAAUAUAGAAGCACAAGUGGCGAUAUGCGAAUGAACUUACAAGUGUGUGAAAGUGAGUAAUGGAUGAGAGUAAAAAAACGAGAGAGAAAGAGAGACAAGACAUGCGAGAGUGAAAGAUUAACGAGAAAGAUAAAGAUGAUAUAACUUAUAUUUUUAAAAAGUGACCUUUGGCAUUUAAAGACUUGUAAAAAUCGUGCAACGAGUUAAAUAAAGAAACAAAAUCAAGGGCGCAGUAUAUUAAGAGGCGUCCGUCCUUUUCCGUGUCUCUAUUUCAUGUACAUGAUGCACAUACACAUACAUAAUACACACACAUACACUAUUCUCGCUCGAUGAAAUACUCAAAUGGUGCAACUUAAUUAAUUCUGAGAUGUUUUUUCUACACUGCGAUAUAUUGACACACCUAUAUUUCUAAAAGUUGUCAAGCGCAUGUACAGAUACACAUACAACAUAACACGAGGUCCGAAAUAAAGAAAGAAUCCAUAGAAUCCAUACAGUCAAAUGCGCCCGUGCACUCUAAAUAUGAAAGUGAAAUGAAACAGAGAAGGGGAGGGGGGAGGAAAAGAUAAAAAGAAGAUAGUGAAAGGAGUCGAAAAUCGAAUGUGGGAAAAGUAAGACAUGUAAAUGGAUUCCUUAAAAUAAAAAAAAAAAUACAUCUUAUAUAAGAUACAGCCAAUCAGUAGACACGUAUACUAAUAGGCAGACGAUUAUCUCGGGGCCUACAAGGAAAACAUUGAUUUUGGUCAACGUGAUUCUCAUGCCUCGCUCAUGCGAUCGCUUUUGAUCAUCGCGAAAAUCGAGUUUCCUCAAUUUCAAAUCGAAAUCCUAACGUAGGAUAAAUUCCAUUGAAAAAAUGACGCGAUUGAUAACGUUAUGUCGGGGGAUGACACUUAUUUUCGCGAUGAGGUAUCGAGCAUCAAAGUAAAAACGGAAGAGAAUGAAUCAACCGACAGUCACCGUACAGUCACUAAUGUCAUUCAACAACAUUAUUCAUGAUAGGAUAGCAUUUUUAGGGAUUUUAUACAGGCAUGCGACGGCGUUCUAUGUUUUAGCCGAAAUUUACUACCGAUUAUUGACAUUUCUUCGUGUGUGUAUGUAAAUCGAGUGCGUGCACACGUCACAUACGUGUAAUAAAAAGUAAAGUGAACGAAAAGAUAUGAUAAGGAUGAUUUUUGAGAGAGUGAAAGACAGCAAAGAGAAAGAGAAAUAGAAAGGAAGAAAAUGCAGAGAAUGUGAGAAACAAAUGCAAGUCAGCAAAGAUCAUUUUUUCAGAAUUCUAUACCUUUCGUAUAUAUACAUUUCUAUUUAUAUAACUGUGCAUAUUAAUGUAUUAUGAUAAUGUGAUUUUUUUUCUUACAUAUAAUCCUGAGCGCGGAGAAACGAAUGAUUAAGAAGGAGUAUUUUAUAUUACAAAAUAAAACGAAAACACUAAAAAAAGGAUGCGAGUGAAAGAAAGAGAAAGGGAGUACGAAAGAGACCGAGUGUGAGAUGUAAAGCGAUAACAGUUCUUAUAAUCGCAGCUUUUUUUGCCACUGAGGUAUAUAAUUAAAAUAAGGAACGCGCUUCACAGUUGUCGCUCUUUUCUCUCGAUGUCAUUUUUUCUUCUUCUUGAUCUUCUUCUUCCUGUUCUUCUUCUCAUGUCUCUACGAUCGCUAUUUUUUCGAUGUUUUCGUCAAAAUGAAUAAUGACUAUCUGCAUAUAUUAUGUGUUCUAGUAUCGUUUAUUCAUCUAUCAGUGUAAGGGAUACAACAACGAAAGAACAUCAUCAAUAAUUACGCUAAUAAAAACCCGUGUACAUUCGAGUAUAUAAUCAUUAUCAGUAAAUAAUCAGCUUUCUAUGUGAUGUCGCACUCUUUGCCCUAUGCAGACAUCACAUAUUGUCAUCUUCGAAAAGUCGGAUGAUUAUCGAUCAUCUUAUUGAAAACAAGCAUCGUUUCGCAUUUCUUGGGGCUGUCCAUCGAAAAGCGAUGCGAAAACUUUCCAAUCGCUUCUCAACCGUUGCUCUCGAAAAAUAUUCGCUUUCACAUCCCAUACGGCACUGCGUAAACACGCUUCCCGUCACGAGAGUCGUUCGUACGUAUCGAUUGCCACGUGGGAGAUGCGUCUACGUGGCUGUGCAUAAUACCGUGCACGCGCCAACACGCGCAGGAGCUUAAAUCUGUCUACCAAAUAAUCUAUUCAUCGAGAUAUAUAUAUAUAUAUAUACAUAAUUGUUUUUUUUAAAUUUAGUAAUUUAUUUCCCCUUUCGUGUGUCAUAAAAUGAGUGUCAUAGACUUAUCAGCGAAGGAAAAUCGAUGGUCGCGCAUAAUAUCGAGCAAAACAAACGCAAAAUGUGUAUUGUAUACGAUUACUAGAAACCUGACUGUUUUCGAUGACAAACUACUGAGACUACGUAAAGAAAGAUUGAAAAAAUACGUAUAAGAAAAAGAGAGAGAUACAUCUUUCCAAAGUUGAGAGCUAACUUGCCGCGACUCUUGAGACGCGCUGGUUUACUUCGAAGACUCGACGUUUUGUACAAGGUGUAGCGAGCUCGUAUAACGAGCGUAGUAGGUGAUCACAUGUGAUAUUUGUGUAUCGGCUAUUAUAUAUAAAUAAAUAUAUAAAUAUAUAUGUAAAUGUAUAUUAUAUUAGAGUACUUUGUUAGGAUAUUAUGGCUGGUAGUUAGAAAAAAAGAAUAUAAAGUGAUGAAAUGAAGGGAAAAAAGGGAGAGAGAAGAAAGACGAAAGCGUCGAGCCCUAUCGAACGUUUCGCCGUAAUUAAGCGAACGCCUCGUGAACGGAAGAGUGAAGGAAAUCAACUUUCCGCGGAAACACACCGCUCCUGCCUAAUUGCGCUAUGCGUGGGCCUACUUGCCGAUUUUGAAAAGCAGUUGGUCAAUUCAGACGGAGAAAAAAUUUACAAGACUCUAAAUGAAAAGAAAGUGCAACCAAACGACAAAGAAUAUAAACACGAGCUUAAAAGGGAAACGGCAGGCGAGCGUAGCUCGUGCUCGAAUUUCCGAAUUUUUCACGGGGAUCGUAUAGUCAUAAAUAUUCGUUAAAGUUAAUUCAGGUUUAAUCGAUUCUGUGGCGAGGGUUAAAUGGGAAUUAACUGAUUCUUUAUUUCUUUCUAGUGAGACAACUUAAAAGGAAUGGAAAGUCUUUGUUGAAUCCCAGUUAACUUUAACUAAUAUUUAUGGAAACCGUCCUGUCAAAUUCUCACGGGGCAAAGCGAUGCGUGACUUACACUCCGACGGAUUCUUCAAAGCCAGGAUAAUCGAUUUUCGAUCACGUGUGAGAAGAGAAGAAACGCGAACACAUAUCGCGCAGAAUGCGACCAUUUGCGAUCUCGAUUUGCAUUCUCGAGAAUAAUAUCACUCGAGUCCGAGUGAAAAGACGAGUAGUUUCGCGAUGCACGGUGACUUGACUUCUUUACUUCUUUCUCUGCCUGCUUGCAGGACGAGUCGCUUUGCGACAUAUUUGCGAGAACGUUAGCGAGAAUAAAAAUUGUCUCAUUCGCCGUCGGCCUCGUGUUUUCGUCGUCUUUGAAAUUUUUCUUCUCUUCAGCCCCAGGAUUAUCUACUGUCAAAUUGACGAAUGUCAUCCUCAUCUACUAUGCCCGAUGCUGAAUGAUACCCUGCAUUUAAAGUCCAAGGUCUUUGGAAGUACGUACGAGUUUAUCCUGCGCGUACGUCAAGCGUCACUUUUUUCCUUUUCUCUUUUUCGAUUCCUCAAAUUGCUUUCGCAUUCGACGGAGAACAGGGAAGCGACGCGAAGGAGAGAUUAGCAAGUGUUAGCGAAGUUUUGAGUGAUUGUUCGUUAAAUUGGCGAGAGAGAGAGAGAGAGUUAUUACACGACAAGAUAGGAAUGUGCGAAUGCGAAUGCGAGAGUGUGCGAAUGAGAGAGUAUGAGCGUAAAAGAUGUACAAAACGAAAGAGGACAACCAAUUGUAUGUAAUUGCUUGCGUAUAUGUGUAUAUGUGUAUGUAUGCGCGCCAUGUGUAGAAAUCUUUGCGUGACGCGAGAAUCAAACUUUGUGCGAUAUUUCUUAAUAUAUUCGCCAGAAUUUUUAUAUAAAUUAUUUACUACACACAGAGAGUCUUUAUUACAUAUUAUCUUUAUAUUAAUGACGCUGCGGUUAAUAUUAUUAUUAAUGUUAAUUAUUAUAAUUAUAAUUAUUAUAAGAUACGCGCAUAUAUAUUGUUCUUUCUUUUCUAUCAUCGAUUGUACAAAAGCAGAGAAUGCCGUCUAAGUUUAAAUGUUUAGCACGUAGAUUAUUUGUAAUGUUAUCAUGUAUACAUAUUGCAUCAUUGAUUGGUUAACUAAUUAUAUUUUGUAAUUAAGCGUAGAGCGGGGGCCGCUUUUUGUGUCACAUUUUGUGUCAGCGAGCGUUCCUUUCCGCCUACAUUUGCGAUUGAGUCUUUAAUUCGAUGUGUGCACGAAUCGCUGAAUAGUCGAUGAAGCGCGCCGCGAAGUGAGCGAUGUCGAUCUUCGCGUUUGCAUUUAACACAAGCGUGAUAAGAGUUGAUAAAACGAGAGAACGAAUCUCUCGACACGAUAAUAACGGCGAUUAUUUCGGGCGCUUUGCCAUAAAAAAAAUUGCGCGUGAGGAUGGAAAUUUUAUUUUUAUUAUUUUUAGAGGCCAUCGCUCUUUGCGCCUGCGGAAUCGCGUCUCGAAAUUUCCACGUGCGGAAAUUCUCUUGUCACGCAAGAUGAUCGAUUGAUAAAUAUUACCCAAGACAUCUCUCACUCACGCGAGCGCGCUUACGUUUUCGUCGAUUUAUAAUUGUUGUCCGCCUAGAGAUUUUUGCGUUAUCGAAAAACGCAUGCUUCUUCUUCGGCUAUCGGAGCGACCAGGCCGGCCAUGCGCUUUGUAAAUAAUUUAUUAAUAAACAAAUUUCUCAUCGUG